GCAGCUUAAAUUUCAUUUCACAGUAACUAACAUCGAGGUGUGGUGGCCUUGUACUUAUGUCGCUUCGUCCGGGUCUUGUCUACCCAAUAUUUCCGCGAUGCAGAAGUGCAUUGCAUCGAAAUGUCUCGGGUCUGGGACUCGCCAACCGUUCCAGAGGCCAUGAAGCCCCAUACAAGGCCCGACCACCACCCAGUUUGAACCGAGCAACUGCAUAUAGGGGCUAUGCAUCGAAUCCGCCUGGUGGAACUGGUGGUGGAGGAUUUCCUGGGUUUGCAUUCCAGCAACCACAGCAAAAAGGAGACGCACUGAAAGAAUAUAGUGUUGAUUUAACGGAACUGGCGAGGAAUGGAAAACUUGACCCUACUAUUGGAAGGGAUGAUGAGAUACGUCGUACUAUACAGAUCCUGUCUCGAAGGACAAAGUCCAAUCCAGUGUUGAUAGGGCCCCCUGGCGUCGGCAAAACCGCUAUAUUGGAGGGUCUCGCAAGUAGAAUAGUGGCGAAAGAAGUUCCCGAAUCUCUGCAUGACAAGAAGGUCCUAUCCAUUGACCUUUCCGCCAUUAUGGCCGGUUCGGGUAUUCGUGGACAAUUUGAAGAAAAGUUCAAGGCCCUCAUACGUGACAUUGAAGAUGAAGCAGGGAAUGUUAUUUGUUUUAUCGAUGAAGUCCACACACUUUUCAACCUUGGUAAAGCAGAAGGCAGCAUCGACGCUGGUCAGAUGAUUAAACCGGCUCUUGCUCGAGGUUUACAGUUAGUUGGGGCCACGACACCUGACGAAUAUAGAAAAACGAUUGGCAAGGAUGCUGCUCUCGAACGCCGGUUUCAGCCAGUUCAGAUCGACGAGCCAACUGUAGAAUCAACGAUAUCCAUUUUGCGGGGGCUCAAGCCGCGAUAUGAAGUCCACCAUGGGGUUGAGAUUGCGGAUGGUGCACUCGUGACGGCGGCGGUGUAUGGUGCUCGGUAUAUAUCUGAUCGCUAUCUUCCUGACAAGGCGAUUGAUCUCGUGGACGAAGCCGCCUCUUCUCUUCGUCUCGCUCAAGAGUCCAAACCGGACGAACUGGAAGCUCUGGACCGCGAGAUCGUUACGCUUCAAAUCGAGCUUGAGAGUCUGAAGAACGAAUCAGAUGUAUUUAGUGUAGAGAGGAGAAGGAAACUGGAGGAGCAGCUAAGGGCAAAGAAAGAAGAUGCAGAACAGUUGACUGCCAUUUGGCAAAAUGAACGCGCUCGCCUUGAUCGUCUGAAGGACUUGAAACAGCGACUUGAAGACGCCAAGCAUGAACUCGAAGUCGCGCAGCGUCAGGGCCAAUAUGAAAGGGCGUCACAGUUGCGUUUUGGCACGAUACCGGAUCUAGAGCAGCAGUUGCCGAAGGACGGUGAGAGGAAAGAGGAGGGCGAGGAGGGCCCUCUUUACAUGUUACACGAUCGGGUCACAAGCAACGAUAUUUCAAGGGUGGUAGCAAAGGCGACUGGAAUCCCUGUCCAGAAUUUACUGAAAGGCGAAAGGGACAAGUUGGUUCAUAUGGAAGACACACUCAAGCAACGUGUUGUAGGACAAGAUCACAUUGUUACUGCUAUUAGCGACUCUGUUCGUAUAUCUCGCGCUGGCUUGCAGGCACCCAACCGCCCCGUCGCGUCUUUCCUAUUCCUUGGCCCAACAGGUGUCGGGAAGACGGAACUCUCCAAGGCACUGGCAAGAUUUUUAUUUAACGAUGAACAAAGGGGACUAAUCAAUAUUAACAUGUCGGAGUAUCAUGAUCGACAUACCAUCUCGAGGCUUAUUGGUGCUGCACCUGGCUAUGUUGGUUUCGAGGAAGGCGGUCAAUUGACGGAGGCUGUUCGUCGCAAGCCUUAUGCUGUUAUUUUACUGGAUGAACUCGAAAAGGCUCACAAGGAUGUUGCGAUGAUAUUGUUGCAAAUUCUUGACGAGGGUAGCAUUACUGAUAGUCAAGGUCGAAAGGUAGACUUCAAGAACACCAUUGUUUGUUUGACUAGCAAUUUGGGCAGUGAUAUUCUUGCCCAUUCUUCGUCAUGCGACUCCAAUGGUAUUGUCACGGAAGAAGCGAUGAACCUAGUCCUGGAACGCACAGGCGAAUAUUUCCCUCCCGAGCUUCUGAAUCGCCUCGACUCGAUACUUGUGUUCAAUAAACUGUCGCGCGAGUCCAUUUUACGAGUGGUGUCUCUUCGACUGGACGAUGUAGCCAAGAGAUUGAAGGACCGCAGGAUUACACUGGAUGUCGAUGCUGCUGCUCGAGAAUGGCUUGCAAGUAAGGGGUAUUCGGACAUUUAUGGUGCCCGUGCUAUUUCACGCGUAGUCCGCACUGAUGUUCUAUUUGUUAUGGCUCAAAAGUUGUUAAGGGGGACGAUAAGGGACGGCGAUGUGGUUACAAUACGUUCUAAUGGAGAUUCUCUGCAUAUCCAGGAUAUUCAUCCUCCAGAUGCCGCUGCAGCUUCGGGUAGUCUAACUGACGACUCACACUAAUCGCAUAUCGUAGUAUCAUAUUUCUAUCUGCAUAAACAUCACUACUCAAUAAGCAUAUAUCUAGUCACUAUUAGCUAUUAGAAACCAGCGUAAAUCCCCACUCUAUGUAGCUAUAGUGUAUUCAUCAACCAAAAUUAGUCCUUUUUACUAACCAGUAGUCCAUGGGCAGACAUCAGCUCAGAAGGUACUGCUCAGUCAUUUCGUUUUGAUUUGUUUGAUUUUCUUUGGUUUGAUUGCGUUUCUGAUGAAGCCUGAGUGCGUUUUCCUUUCGAUUUCCCAUUCUUCUUUGAGCUUUUAUCGCGAGGGGCAGGUUGGGCCGUUGGUUGCGACUCGAGGCGUACGCGUUCUUCCUCUGCUUCCCACCACUUCAUGAACUCCUCUUCUCUUUGGCGAGAUUGUUCCUCUUCUUGAAUCUCAAGUAAAGAUCUCUUUUCUUGCGUCCCAGCGUUUCCUUGUUCUACCCGGGCACAGUGGGUUCUACUACAGGCUUUACAGGUGGGAG